AUGGGAGAAGGAGCAACAGCAAGUGAUGAAGGCGCGACUGCGAGAGAGGAAGUAGUGGUUGUGACUGAGGAAGGAGCGAUUGGAAGAGAAGAAGCAGGUACCAGAGAGGAAGAAACGGUUACACGGGAAGGAGCACGUCCAAGAGAACUAGGGGCACGCCCAAAGGAAUACAGAACAGCAUCAAGAGAAAAGAAAGCAACAGUACAAACGGCCGGUGGUAUAUUGUCGCUUGAUGAUUUAUAUCCUGACUACACAUUCAGUGUUACAAAAGACGCAAAGAAGGAGCCAAAGCAUCCCCCUCAAUUGGAGGGGGAAUUAUCCCUACCCCUCCAGACCCAACCUUCUCUUGGAGGUGUGAAUGAUUGGAGGAAGAGGCCCUUAUCUCACCACGUGAAAGAUUACUCACUACCUCCACCCGCUGGGUAUCACGAACGACGCAGGAGUCCAUCCCCACAGCGUGAAUGGCAUAGAAGUCCAUCUCCACGGCGUGAACGACGCAGAAGUCCAUCUCCGUGGCGCGAACGGCGUAGGAGUCCAUCCCCACGGCAUGAACGACGUAGAAGUCCAUCUCUGCGGCGUGAACGGCGUAGGAGUCCAUCCCCACGGUAUGAACGGCAUAGGAAACCAUCUCCGCGGCGUGAACAAUAUAGAAGCUUAUCCCCACGGCAUGCUCAGUCUCCACCUCCACAUGAGAGAUAUAGGGAGGAAGUGGGAGCAGUCCCACGUAGGAGUGGAAGAGUAAAGAGAGAGGUGGAAAAGAUUCUACGUGGGAGAGAUGGACAAGAAAUUAUGCGAGAAAGCGAAAUUACACAAUCACUGACCACAAGAGAGCUUCGAGAUUUACGGAGAGAUUAUAUGCGCUUGCCUGGUGAAGAAGUCCUCACCUGGCUGGUGCGAUGCUGGGACAAGGGAGCUGAUAGUCAUGUAAUUGAAGGUGAUGAAGCACGACAGUUGGGAUCCAUUGCUCGAGACCCUGUGAUAGAGCAAGAAAUGGGGAGGGAGAAAAUGGCGUCCAGUCUUUGGCUCCGAAUCCUCCACGCGGUGAGAGUGAAAUACCCAUUUAAGGAGUCCCUGAAGAGUUCUUCAAGAAGGUGGAGGACUGCGGAAGAAGGCAUCCAAUACCUACGGGAAUUGGCCAUGCUGGAGAUCAUCUAUUCUGAUCCAGAUUAUUAUGAUAUCCAAGUUCCUGAGAAUGUUCCCUGCACGCAACCAAUGUGGAAAAAGGUAAUUCAAGGUGCCCCUAAACCAUAUGUUUCCUGCUUGAUACCCGUAUAUAAUCCAAAGAUGGAGGAACCAAGCGUGGACACUAUGUGUGCUUGGAUAAGAACCAUCGAGGAAAAUAUGGAAGACUCCUUCAAUCCCCUGUACCGACGCACCUAUGAUAGGGAAAGAACGGAGAGAGAUUAUGAAUAUUCCAGAUAUGAGGACGACCUUAGAGACAGAGAGGACAGAAGGUAUAGAGAUUACCAAGAAAGGCCAAUGGGAAGAUCACGGCGGGACCGACAAAGACGACCUCGGCCUAGACCUCGAUCCUGGUCUCGAUCUUGCUCACGAUCCCUGUCAUUCACACGUCGAAGGAAAGAGAACUCUAAGCGUGGGUCACGUAACCAACUAUGGGCAUACCUUCGUAGUAAAGGAGAAAACAUGAAGAAGUGGGAUGGUGAACCCACUUCUAAGCUUGAAGCUAGAGUGAGGGAGCUGAAGCGAAAGAAGACUGACAAGAAAGUUGUCUAUGUAGUAGAUGGAGAUUUCUUAGAAGAGAAACUGCGAUCGCCGAAACACGAGAAGAUGGAGGUCCACUUCGACAAUGGCAAAAAGUCUAAGAAGUCAAAGUCAAACUCUGACGACGAAUGCUCUGAUCAAGACCAGUAGAGGGGCCCUGCCUUCUG